AUGCGCAUUUUUGCCACAGCCACCGCCGCUGCCGUGGUCAUGGGCCGUAUGGCCUCCGCCCAACACAUCUUGCCUGAUGUCCAGGUCCCUUUCCAGGGUGGUAACAUCUUCAAGCGCAACGACAUCGCCAUUGGCAAUUACACCUUCGCUUACAAAGAGCCAUUCGAGCCUACGCAGUAUGGUGGGUUCUACUCCUGGGCCGUCAACAACAAUACAGUCGCGGGUGCUAACUUCACUGGGCCCCAUAUGCCGAACGGUUAUGACUACAUCCCCGAUGGCUCAUUGAAUGUUAAUCCGUACUUCCUGAUUAAUGAGGGUAGCCAUAAGCCUCUUAAUACGACCAAACUCUUCGGCAACUGCAAGGAUUCAAGGGAUCACGCUCGGGAUAUCUCUCCAGGUGACCUGGACACCCAGUGCGAGGGCAAGGUCCACAAGAUUGUGCAUGUCGUCUUCGAGAACGAGGUGUACGACUGGACCAUUGCUGACCCCUUUUGGAAAUUGCUGGCCACCAAAGGCAAGUCCUUGACAAACUUUCACGCCAUAACUCACCCCUCCCUCCCCAACUACGCUGCCAUCAUCGCUGGUGACUUCUUCGGUCUGGCCCACGAAGACUUUUACAACAUCAAUGCAACCACAAUCUAUGAUCUCCUCGACCUCAAGAAGGUUUCAUAUGCCACCUACAGCGAGUGGUACAACCCGAUUGCGACUUUCCGUGGGCCCAAGGAUUGCAACAACUACAUCACCAACGGUCCCGUCGACAACACUAACCCUGACUGGGGUAGCCAGAUCUAUCGCCGUCUGGAUGUCCCUGCUCUGCUCUUCAGCACCUAUACCACCGACUACGAGCGUUGUGCCAAGUUAUAUGACGCCAACAACACUUUCUACGACCACGUUAUGAACCACAGUCUCCCGAAGUACACCUACUUCAUCCCAGACAUGCUCCACAACGGUCACGACCCUGAGUCCAACAGCGACUAUGUCCACCAGCCCCAAACGGCGGCAAUCUGGUUCAACUCCUGGCUCGAUCUGUACCUGCCCGAACUCGAGGCUCAGGGUGCCCUCGUAGUUGCCACUUUUGACGAAGCUACCUGGACAAACGAUAAUGACUACACCCCCAACAACGACAACCACAUUGUGACCAUGCUAUUCGGUGCCGGUAUUACUCCAGACACUAAUGAUAACACUUAUAUAACCACCUACGGUCUCUUGCGUGGCGCUAUCCAAAACUUCGGUCUUGGCUCUUUGGGGCGUAACGACACCAACGCGACGAACGGUAACCUUUACGAUCUGGUCUAUUGA